AUGCAAAUAUAUAUGGCAAUGAAGGCUAUGCCUUGCUACAUACUUCUUCCAACCGUCUCUGAGUAUAUGAUCGAGCGUGGUUGGACCAAAUGUUACUCUACACUUGACCAAUUCAACUGGUUCCUCUGUUUGCUUUACAUCGCACUCUAUAUUGUGUUUGUUGAGUUUGGAAUGUACUGGGUUCACAAGAAGCUUCAUGACAUUAAAUUUCUCUAUAAGCAUCUCCAUGCCACCCACCAUAUGUACAACAAGCAAAACACACUCUCUCCAUUUGCUGGGUUCGCACUCCAUCCGUUAGACGGGAUGCUUCAGGCUUCACCGUACGUGAUAGCUAUGUUCAUAGUGCCGAUUCAUCUCAUAACGCAUCUGAGUCUUAUGUUUUUGGAAGGGAUAUGGACAGCAUGCAUCCAUGAUUGUAUCCAUGGUAACAUAUGGCCUAUAAUGGGUGCUGGAUACCAUACACUACACCACACUACAUACAAGCAUAACUAUGGUAAUUAUACCAUUUGGAUGGAUUGGAUGUUUGGUACCCUUAAGGUUCCUUUAGCCGAAGAUGACAGCAAGAAAGCAAAGUGA